CUUGAAUACACGGCAACAACACGCCGACAGAGAGAGAGAGGGAGAGGCACAGAGAGACUGGCUGUUUUUUGGGGGGAGCAAAAGGAGCCUUCGACGCUGCGGAUAUGAAUUGAAAAGAAACACUGGAAGAGGCAGGGAUCGUGUUGCUAUAUCCCGAAAAUUUACUGUAAAGGUGGAAAACUAGUCCCCUACACCCUCCUCUCUCCCAAACAGUUCUUAUUCAGAUAGAGCUACACCCAAAGCCCCGACCGACCCCCUCCUGCUCCUGCUGCUCCACCCCUCCGCCGCUGCACCGCUCCGGCAACCGAGAUGCACACGGAGACCCGUAACAAGAAAUGCCAGUCGACUCCUAAGCAGAAGAAGAAUGCUGUCGGCUCCCAGAAGAAGCAGAGGAGCCCGGCCAAGCAGAGCACCCUGACCCGAAAACAACAACAACAACAACAACAACAGCAGCAACAAUCGCUGCCAUCGUCAUCACCUCUGCCACCUACAGUCAAGGAAGAGGAGGAGAAGGAGGAGGAGCCCGUGACCCGGCCUCGGCCGCCAAAGGAGGACGAGGGGGAAUCAGGCGAGGAGGAGCGAGAAGAAGUGGCGACAAAGUCUGUGAAGAAGAAGAAGAAGAAAGAAAAGGAGGAGGAGGAGGAGGAGGAGGGAGAGACAGACAUGCCCUCUGUACAGAUCAAACCAGAGCCAGAGGAGAUGGAGUGCACGCAGGUAGAUGUAGGUAUCAACUGCCCACAGCCAACAGACCUGAAGGUGAAGACUGAGUUUCCAGUUUGCAAGACAGAGCCCUCUUCGCCCCAGCCGUGCCCUGCCGAGGACCAGACCGAACCCGUCGACCUGUCCCUCAACAAACCCCGCUCCUCUUCGCUCCCGGCCUCUACAACCAGCACCACGGUCAACCCUGCACCCAGCAGUGCCGUGACCCAGCCCGGCCUGUCGGCCACACCAGUCCCCUCAGCGGUACAAUCGAUAGGCUCCAUGGUCCUCUCUCCAGGCUCCAUCCUGGCCACGCAGGGUGCCGGGGGACAGCAGAUCCUACACGUCAUACACACCAUCCCCUCGGUCAGCAUGCCCAGCAAGGUGGGCCAGCUGCAGACCAUCCCCGUGGUGGUGCAGUCGCUGCCUGUUGUCUACACCACCAUGCCUACCGACGGCGUUGCCACGGCAGCCAUUACAGUGCCACUCAUAGGCAGCGACGGGCGCUCAGAAGGAUCUGUUCGUAUCAAGCCAGGUUCAACGUCUCCGGUGGAGUAUCAGAGUGACAGCGAUGCAGAGAGCGGUACAGAGUCUGGAUCGGCCUCCCUCAGCGCCCAGAGCCUCGAUGCAGGGUCAGUCAUGGACUUAGAGCCCGUCGAUCCAGAUUCGCCGGACAUCAAGAGAAGGCGAAUCCACAUGUGUGACUAUGAAGGCUGUAAAAAAGUUUACACCAAGAGUUCCCACCUCAAAGCCCACAGGAGGAUACACACAGGAGAGAAGCCCUACCACUGUACCUGGGAGGGCUGCACCUGGCGCUUCGCCCGCUCUGACGAGCUGACCCGACACUUCCGCAAGCACACAGGAAUCAAACCUUUCCGCUGCACCGAGUGCGACCGCUCCUUCUCCCGGUCCGACCACCUCUCCCUGCACCGCCGCCGCCACGUCAUGAUGUGAACUCUGACUUCCCCCUCUCCAGCACUCACAACUCCCCAUCAGCCUCCCCCAACCUCUUUGCCCCUGAUGUCUCUAUGUCCCUCGCAGCACAUCUUGUACCAGUGCCCCCCACCCCACUUGAACCCGUGCUACUUCCUGUUUCACUCCUCGCCCCUGCUGACCUCCCUCAGUUAGGAUUUUAUGCCCCAUCAGCAGACAUAAAAGAUGAUACCUCCACCAUCCUCUUCCUCCUCUUCAUCUUGGAAUUGCAGGAACAUCAGGAAUGUGUCUGUUUUUGUGUGUGUGUGUGUGUUUGUGCAAAGUGGAGGCUACAGGAUUUUUUUUUUACCGUGUGUAUUUCAAGACAUCAUCAUCAUCAUCAUCUUCAUCAUCACCAUCACCGUCCACCAAAUGCCUCUCCUACCCCAAAACAGUCCCCUCCCUGCCACCCUCUAACUCAGCCCCCCCAUCACAUACUUCUCCUCAUCAGAAAGAAGGAUGGACUGAAGGACAUCCAGCAGCAGGGACGUUCAUCCAUCCAUCACAUGCAUCCAUCCAUCCAAAGAAGAGGAGGAAGAGUAAAGGACAAGAGGAGGAAUGACGAGUGUGUACUGUUAUUAAACUAAAAAGACAAGAGGAAUCUUGAAACUGAUGUCUCUUCAGCUGCUCUUCUUUUCUUUUUUUUUCUUUUCUUUUACAGUAACUGUACAUAUCCAGAGUUGGGAAGUUAUUUGAAGCCAAAAUUUCAUAUAUUAUGGAUUUUUGGAAGCAAAGGUGAUUUCCUAACGUGACCCGGAUUCCACCUCAAGAACAAUUUCCAGGGAAUCUUUUGGAGCUCAGGAAUUUUACCCUUUUCUCUAACUGUGAUGUGACUGAAAGAACCAGGGCAAAACUGGCAAAUGAUCUAAAUCAGGAACCAUCCAA